GGACAUUGAAACGUUCCGAGUUGCACACUCGGCCAGCUAGAGAUCAUGCAACGGCAAUCCUGAUGUGUGUGCGGAGCUGGGAGUACUGAGAGAUCCCCUGAAGUGAAGUGCUUGUUCAGAAGCCAGUGGCUGCAUGAUCCGCAAGCAUGUCUGGUUUCCAAAAUGCCAGUGUUACAAAGGGGAUGAUGAUGCUCCUCGGUAUAUCUUCCCUCACUGUGUCAUUACUAGAUGUGAAGCCGUACCUGCACCUUCAGCUCGUUCCGCACAUGACAAAAUACCAUCAGUUCUGGCGAAUCGUCAUUCAUCCACUGGCAUUCACCAAUUCUUCUGAGCUCCUAAUGGGCUUGGUAUUGCUGUAUACAGUCGGCAUACCGAUAGAGCGGUCUUUUGGCCCACGCAAAUACGCUUCGUUUGUCCUCGUCUCUUCUCUCGUCUCAACCGUCUUCUCACUCAUGGCCCUUGUGUUCCUGCAUAAAUUCGGUCUGCGAUAUAUCCCCGCAGGCCCUUAUGGAGUACUCUUCAGCUUACUAUGGCAACAUUACCGUAUCAUUCCUACGCUGUAUACCUAUCGAAUACUUGGCAUCGAGCUUUCCGACAAGGCCAUCGCAUGGAUGCAGGCGUGCAUCCUCUACCUUUCCGACAUUCCCGCAUCGGUCCUCGCUGCCUCCUCGGGUCUUCUCACUGGCUAUCUCUACAGGACCGACACACUUAUUCCUCUACCGUCAUUUCGAUAUCGUCGACUCCUGCGACCAUUGAAGACUUAUCGAAUCCCUUUAUCCCUUUACUCCCUAUUAUCGAGACUAUUUACACCUCUCAUCGGUGAAUCUACUGCACCUCGUAGAGCCAAUCGUGUGCUUCCUGGGCAAAUCAAUUCGACCAGCUCGGCAUUACGUCCCGGAACAGCUCCCAGCCUCAGCUCCUUACUGGCUGGUCGAUUGGGCGGGGCUAACCUGACUCGACGCCCGACGGCGACAACUCCAGUUCAGACCGAGGACCGACCUGUCACACCCCCUGUAGGCACCCCUAUCAACACCGCUACGCCAUCACGCGCCGCAGCCAUUCGCCAGACUCUGCUUGAUAGAGCGGCAGCCACGUCAGGCAAUGGGCCCGGUGCUGGUAGUGCUAGAGGAGCCGUUGGUGAAUGGGUCAGUGACUUGACAGGUAGAGGGAGUGCCAGAGCUCCAACGGAAGAAGAGAUUGGAGCCUUGUCCAACAUGUUUCCUAACCUCAGUCGAGAAGUCAUUGUUCGAGCAUUGCAGCGGAACGAUCACAACACAGCUCAAGCUGUCGAGGCGUUGCUUCAAGAGGGGAGCUAGAACGUGCUUCUUGUUUAUCUUGUUCGCCUGGGUGCUCUAUCAUGCAUAUGUGU